AAGAAGAUACGCAUAAAAUGUUAUAUAUAUAAUCCGCAUAAUUGCAAGACUUAAAACAUCAAAACGUAUAUCACCACAAAUUUUCGGCGGAAACAAAUAAUAAUGGACAAAAGUUUCCUAAAUUAUAGGGUAAUACAAAAGGGUACGUGGGCCAUUCGUAGCAUGUGCAUGCAUGUGCUUCUCCUAUCUCCUAUUGCCCCCACCAUUUUCCCUCUCCUUUUGAAACAAUUAAAAUGGACCCUUUCCUUCUCCUUUCUCUCUCCCUUACCUCUCUGUCUCUUUCCCUCUCUCUCGUUGAAUUCACGAAUUCGUGAGGUGACCGCAGAUUUGUUCUUAGCAAUCUCUGACGACACUAGAAGGAAAAAUUUCCUUAAAAAGGAUUAAUUAGGAUGCAGCCUACGAGCUCAAUGAAUGAAGAAUUCCUAAAGAAAUGGCAAAUGGGUCUUCAGAUAUUUCAUCCUUCGAUAGACAACACGAGUGUCCACGAGAGAAAGAAAGCAAUAAAGCUCUCUGCAGACGUUGCAAUGGCGUCUCUCAGAAAAGGAACAACUUGUUGGAGCCGAGCCCUAAUCGAGAAAACCGCCACUGAGGACAAUUUCCUCGUACGUCAGAUGCUUUCCGGUAUCAAAGCGGAAGCGCUAAUCAACAAGAAGUUGCCUAAGAGGACUGUGUGUCACAGAAAGAUCGUGAGGCGAAGCAAGAAGAUCUUGAGGAGGAAAUCGAAAUCAGCGAGCGAAGAGGCGGCAGCAAAAGCUAAGAGACUCGUCAAGAGACGGACUCAAGGAUUAAGAAACGUUGUCCCCGGUGGUGAAUUGAUGAGCAAUGACGUCUUGUUGCUACAAGAAACCUUAGAUUACAUUGUGUCGCUUCAAACGCAAGUAAAUGUUAUGAGAAGUAUUGUUGAUGCUGCCGAGGCCGAAAUUGAGAGGUAAAUGAUAAAAAAAAAAUCUUGUUUUGUUUUUUUUUUUGUUUGCGGAGAUUAAUUGCGAAAGCAUGAUCUUGAUCGGAUCUCGUUGUUGUUCAUUAGAACCGUAUGUUAUUUGGACAAUGCAAUUGUCAUACGAGGAUGGAGAGAUUAUAGUAAGCCAUUUUGUACAUAAGGAAUUUUUCACAAUGCUUAUAGAAAGUUUCUGCUACUUAAUGGUGUGAUUCUGAUUGCAACAUUUGUUGGCAAUUUUGUUUUGUUUAUUGAAUUUAGUUAAUGUUAUUGAAUUUUAAGA